CGCGCAGGCCAAACGAUCUCCUCUCCCUCGCUCUCUCCGGCCGUCUCUCCCAAAGGCAAUAGCCAAUCAAGCAAGACGAUCUUGCUCAAGGAUCCAGACUCCGGAGCCGGCUCCCAGGCUUUGAGAAUAUAUACUUAUAUACCUACAUCGAUCCGGAGAUCGAUCGUCGAUGGGGAACUGCAACUGUUUCAAGUCGCAGCGCGCCGUGGCGUCGUGGGUGGACGACGACGAGUGGGUGGUGGACGUGGAGGAGGGGAAGAGGCCGGCCGCCGAGAAGGUUGAUCGGGGAGUCGAGGUGAAGAUCAGGGUGACCAAGAGGCAGGUCCAGGAGCUGCUGCAGAAAGCAGGGCUGGAUGGCAAGGGGCCGUGGACGGAACAGGUGCUCGCGGAGCUGAUCAACUCCGGCACGGUGUGCUGCGACCGCCCCGAGGCUAGGGGGCACUGGAGGCCGGCGCUGCAGAGCAUCUCCGAAGGCGAGGAGGCAUGCCUUUUGUAGGACUGUUCCAUCUCUCUUGAUUCUGAAUUUCUGAUGCGCAUACAUAGUUGCAGUAGGACUCUAGGAGUACAUAGGUUUUUAGAUGGAGAUUCUGUUCGGAGAUGUACAAGCUGCAAAACUGCCAUGAGUUUUUGGAGUUCCACUUCUGGAAACCUCUCAUAUUUUUGCUGUAAACCUCUGGAAACCUCUCAUAGUUUUUGGAGUACACAGCUGUGUUUGUAGUUUGUAAUCCUGGAAGUAUCAAACAUUACAGUAAUUCCUGUAAAGAA